AUGGCGCUGUUCAAUGCUAUAGCACUACAGCAGAAUGAAGUGAUGAGCCUCAGAAUGCCGUCGCCUGCUCAGCUCAACCAUCAACUCUUGCUCAGGAUCUUCGACGAGGAGAACUCUUGGCCACCAGUCGUGCAUUCCUGCUACGUCCAGGCCAAACACCCCAUCAAAUUCGCCUACUCAUCGACCUUGAAUCAGAAGUCUCACUCAUCUCCAAUCAUUACGACCGACAGCUUCGGUUGGCAAGACAACCGACUUCUCUCACCAUCUCCGCUCGAAAUUGAGGCUUAUGUCCUCAAGGUACUCACGUCGUCAUUAUCGACGCUUUCAUCGGAAUAUGGCAAAUGGGAUCACUUGAAAGGAUUAGAACUCGCUGAUCCCGAUUUCAUCACUCCAGCGCCCAUUGACGUGAUUUUCGGUGCUGGUAUCGUCUUCGGACCGACUGGUGGAACCGAAUCUUUGCUCCAGGCCAAUACUCAUUUGGCAACAACCAAUGAUGAACUCAACAAUUUCCUCACCAAGUUUUGGGUGCAGGAGGAGGUUCCUGAAGCAUCUCCAGCUUCACUCUCCGAGGAAGAAGCUCAGUGUGAAGCACACUUCAGCCUGACUCACACAAGGGACUCCUCAGGCCGCUACAUCGUGCGGCUACCUCUGAAAUCUUCAGCAUCAUGGCUUCGAGAUACUCGAUCGUCUGCUCUUGCAUGCCCGCAUCGACUCCAUCAAAAAUUCUCAAAGAACGAAUCGUAUAGACAGCUCUACAGAGAAAUCCUCCUAAAAUACGAGGAUCUUGGUCACAUGCGCCGAAUCUCAAGCCAGCUCAUUGGAGCUUGUACGACCGCCGAGAUGACCUUAGCACAUAAAGCUCCGGCUUCAGGAAGGUUGAGGCUUCUUCCCACACCAUGGGGUGCUCAAGGCACGCAGGGAGACGACCAAGCUCAGGGAGCAAAACUUCAAAAGGACAUCUCGGAUUUGCUGCUUUACUCUCGCAACCACAAACUCAUUUUCAUGACGGACAUCAUGAAGAUAUUCCGCGAAAUAGGUGUGCAUGAGGAUAAUUGGCCACUCCGACAAAUACUAUAG